UUCUUUCUGUAUUUGUUGCGGGACCGUGUGUGUGUGUGUGAGAAGUGGGGCAGCGGAACAGAUGGCGAGCCGCUGACGCGCACGACGAACGACUAUAAAUCACUAAAACCGGCGCGAUCUAGACUCCGCGUCCCUUCUGCGGGCUUCGAUCUCAGUUUACGAAUAAUGGUCGACAACCGCUACGCCACAGCUUUGGUCAUCGCCUGCGUGCUGAGCGUGCUGGGCACGGUGUAUCUGUGCGUGGCCGUGGGCACGCAGCACUGGUACCAGUACAGCAGCCCCGCCGUGCGCGGCCAGGCCAACGUGUCCGAGCUGCGAUCCCUCUACGAGGAGUUCAUGGUCGGGGAUUUCGACGAGAAGACGUACAGCGACACGCUGUUCCGCCUCAACGGGACCGUGGGACUGUGGUGGCGCUGCGUGCUCGUUCCUGCCAACGCGCACUGGCACAAGGAUCCAGGUGACAAGAUGACACUGGAGUGUCAAAGCUUUACUCUACCUCAACAGUUCACGCCUAAGUACAAAGAACCAGGGAACCAUAACAGUGGAGAAGACACGGUGCGCACAUAUUUGUGGAGGUGCCAGUUUCUGCUGCCGCUGGUCGCGAUGGGCCUGGUGCUGUUGGCAGGUCUGAUUGGAUUCUGCGCCUGCUUGUGUCGAAGCCUCACUCCAACCUUUGGAGUCGGUCUACUCCACCUGUUGGCUGGUCUUUGCACCUUAGCCACAGUUUGCUGCUACCUGGCGGGGACAGACCUGCUCCACAGGGUGUCCGUGCUGCCCGACAAAGUGGACGGCUCCCUCGGCUGGUCUCUCUAUCUGGCUCUUGCUUCUUCGCCGCUCCACAUGAUGGCUGCCACACUGCUGGGGUGGGCAGCGCGCAGCCACAGUCAAAACUACCAUCGUAUGACCGCCUACCGGGUGGCCUAAGGGUGAGAGUCCGCUCUCUGCUGUGUUUAAAACUAAACCUCAUUCUGAUGCCAAGACGCUUGCAUUGAAAGAUUACGUUUAUCUGAGUCAUGGUUGGUUUGGAAAAAUUUCAUUAGUGAUUCAGGCUACAUCAUAUGUUUCUUGACGAACAUUGGUUGUGCACUCGCACUGAAAGUGAAUUCAUAAUUCUCAGGGAGGAAAGUUGGAAUUAAAGGGGUCAUUUUGUGCAGAAAGCUGUUUUUCAUCCCGGUUGGUGUUUUAUGUUAAACACCCCUGAUGUUCCACAAUUCUACAAUUAAGGAUACUGAAUAAGCAAAAUUUUGUCCAGAAAAGGCUCAUUUCCUCUCUGAAGGUAGAAAGGGCAUGACCAACCUUAGCGUUUUUCUCAUUUAAAGCAU